AUGUCAAACUCGGCAAUCGCGAAGCCAUUGACGUUGGCAUGUGGUCUGAGUCUGCCCAACCGCCUCACGAAAGCUGCGAUGGCCGAGAACAUGGCUGAUAGUGAAGGAUUACCUUCUCCUGCUUUCCACUCACCUUAUGCUGAAUGGGCCGAUGGUGGUUGGGGAUUGGUCUUGACUGGCAACGUGGAAGUUGACCAGAGGUACCUUGGUUCGCCCAAAGACAUUGCAUAUAACGAUUCAAUUCCGUAUGAGCGGCAGCUAGAUGCGUGGAAGGCCUGGGCAAAGGUCUGCAACAAGAAUGGCACCCCGACCAUUGUCCAGGUCAACCAUCCUGGCCGCCAAUCUCCCCUUGGCGCAGGCAAGCGUGGCUUUUUCGAAAAGGCGAUUGCACCCAGUGCGAUACCUUUGAACUUUGGACAAGGUCUUGUCGCGCGUCUUAUCAGCUCUUUGGUCUUCGGUACUCCUCGGCAAAUGACUGUUGCUGAUAUCAAAGAUGUUGUUCGUCGCUUUGCCCGGACGGCCAAAUUGGCGUCGGACGCCGGUUUCGCCGGUAUUGAAAUUCAUGGCGCCCACGGCUACCUGCUAGCUCAGUUCAUGUCCGAAAAAAGCAAUAAGCGAACCGACGAUUACGGCGGAUCACCGGCCGCCCGUGUGAACAUUGUUGUUGAAAUCAUCCGGGCGAUCCGUGAAGUGGUACCGAAGACCUUCUGUGUCGGAAUCAAAUUCAACUCAGUUGACCACCAGUCCCAAUCUGAGCUCGAUGCCUGCAUCGAACAGCUCAAAUUGAUUACUGAUGCUGGAGUUGACUUUUUGGAGGUCAGCGGUGGCACAUAUGAAGACCCCCUGAUGGCUACUGGCGUUGCCGAUGAAAAGAAGUCAGAUCGUACAAAGGCACGCGAAGCUUUCUUUCUUGAAUUCGCUCGGGCGAUCCGCCGCGACUUCCCAGACAUUCCUUUGAUGGUGACUGGCGGCUUUCGUAGUCGCCAAGGGAUGGAGGCGGCUCUCGAAAACAGAGGCUGCGAUCUCAUCGGACUUGGCAGGCCUGCAGUGUUGAACCCGGCACUACCAAAGAAUACCAUUCUUGCAGCCACUAUUAAGGAUGAAGACGCUAAGUUGUACGUGCGCAAGAUUGAGGCGCCCUGGUUCACUAAGAAGUUUGGACUCAAGGCGAUUGGCGAGGGCGCUGCGACGGCUUGGUACGGCGCUGAAAUACAAUUUCCAAAGGAGCAAAAAGACAAUGUCACAAGAUGGUUGAACGAUGCACGCACGCUUGCAGGCCCAGAUUUGUACCCAUACUUUGCACACCGCUGCAUUCUCGGCCAAGUCCACCCUGAACUUUCCUCCGCUACACAGAUACCAGGGUUCAUUGCCCCUCGCGAGGUCUUUGACCGAUUAUACUACAUUGGGCAGAGUGCUGUCUCGGCAUGGGCUUACGAUACUGGUGAUGGUCUCAUCGUCUUCGAUGCUCUCAACAACGCUGCCGAGGCCGAAGGUAUCCUGAUCCCCUCUCUCGAGACACUUGGAUUCACUACCAGCGACAUCAAACAUCUCGUCAUUACCCAUGAACAUUUUGAUCAUUAUGGCGGGGCCCGAUGGCUCCAAGACAACUUUUCCUUCGCCACAUACGCCUCAGCUGCGGCUUGGGAAACUCUCUCGCAAAUUCAAGACGGACCGAUCAAGGAUAAAACCAUCUCAGAUGGUGACCAACUGACGAUCGGCAACAUUACGUUCAACUUCUUCGUGACACCGGGUCAUACACCGGGCACUGUGUCGACAAUCUUCGACGUGUCUGACAAGGGCGCAAAGCAUGUCGCUGGCUUUUAUGGCGGUGUUGGCAUUCCGAGCAGUGCGUCAGCCAAAGACCAGCAAAUCGUGUCCUUGAACCGGUUCGCGGACCUAGCAAAGGAGGCGGGCGUGGAUACACUCAUUGCCAACCACCAGAACCAAGACCGAGCGCUUUAUCACUUCGAUCUCCUGGAUCACAGACCAGACGGCACUGAGCACCCAUUUGUGAUCGGCAGAGAUGCCUUCGAUCGAUAUCUGAAAGUGAAUGGACAGUGUGUGAGGGCCAAGGCUGCUAGAGAUGGGCAGUUUCUGCAAAUCUCGUAA